GUGGUGUUAUGGCAAAUGUGUACAGAUCUGAAACAUUUCAAUUUCCAGUUCAUAUUCAAAUAUGAAUUCAUCGGAGGAAAGUGAAAAUGUGAUAGCCAAAGAGGAGAUGCCGUUUGGCAGUCGUCCGGCCUCCGACAAAAACGCAAAUACCAACAACAAUCCGGAUCAAUGCAAAGGUGCAAUUCCGAAGACGAAAAUCGCUGGCAAAAACGGUGUAUCUGGUGGCAAAAAAUCGGUUAAAAUCAACAAUAACACUGACAGUAUGCCACAGUUAAAUUGUGUAGUGAGUGGCUCAAGUGACAUCCUGAAGAAGAAUGGUUUUACCAAAAAUGGUACAGUACCCAACAACUUCCUAAACAAUUCGGCUUUGUUAAGUGAUCAGGAGUCUAAUUGCGGUGUAAACAAUAAAGGACCGGAUCCGUUUAACUAUGAAAUAAGGACGUUGGCUAUUCCAGUUGAGAAUGAUUAUUUAAAAUUGGAUUAUUCUGAAGAAAACACUUUCGAUAACUUGUAUCAACAGAAUCCCAGUGAUUUUGAAGAAUCGCAACGGUCACACGCUAAUAACGAUUCGGACAGUUGCAGCAGUGACACGGAAUUACUUUCAGUAUCUGAUGAUGGCUGUAUAUACACAUAUAAGGCUGAUUAUGUGGCUGAUUUGCCCAGAUCAUUUUUUAAUCUUGAUAUACCAAUUAAUGACAAUGUGGAACAACCAGCAGAUAAUAAGCCAGUUUCAGGCAAGUCUAGUCCAGAAAUGGAUUUCCUGGAGAUGGAUUUUGAGCCAGAACCCACAGGUGAUGCAGAAGGUGGCGUUUAUCAACAACCACAACAAGCCACUGAUGUCAUUAAACAACCUGUUCACAAACCUCUUGUAAAUGAAGCAUCAAGUAGUUCAAGGGAUCCAUGGAAACCAGAAUCAGAUCCCAACAAGGAUGAUGCUCAGAACAACUAUGAAACAUUCUCUAAAAUUUUAUCACAAUUUUAUGACAAGAAACUUAACACAUCACAGGAUAAAAACGAUGUUUCUGUGCUUUUUGGCAAUAAGACAAAAUCACAUGACAAAGUUAUUCAUAAACUAGAUAUUGAAAGAAAUUGCUGGCUGCACCAUAAUAAUGAUGUGGAAAUGAUCUGGACAGAGCAGGAGGCAGCGGCCAAACAGAUAUCGCAGAUAUCGACGUCUUCGUGCGGUGCUACCGCUGUCCUCAACGUACUGAAUGCGUUGCGAUUACCUUUACCUACCAUCGACCAAAUCGAGGAGAUGAUGAACACUCGUUUCAGGACCAACAGCGCGCCGUUGGUCAAGUAUCUGAUGUCCAGGUCCAAGGCGGGGUGCAACCAUAGGGACAUUAUCCGCGGGUUGUAUGCUGCGUCUGACGGGCAAGUUUACUGCAGAUUUUUCUCAAUGCACCCACCGAGAGCCGUCAACUUAAAAAAGUGGCUCGGCUACUGGAUUAAGCAGGGCGCCGUGCCUGUCGCUACGCUUAACCUGCAGAUAGGUAAUUAUGCGACAGAGGAAAUUCCCGACAAUUGGCACCACCAAAUGAUAUACGGCGUGGGACCAUCUGGUGUCUACACCACCAAUCCGCUAGACUGUGUGGAUCCGGAGACGAUGAUGCCUCAGCUCAGCUCCGAGUCUGUUUUGCUGAUCAAGCGGCGACAUGUGCUUGCUAAGUUCCACAGCAGGACAGGGCUGGCGGAUUUAAUGAAGAUCACUGAUGUUCGGUGGAAAGACGUCAAUGUAGUGGGUCAAGUGGCGAAUAUGGUAAGGGAAAACAGACGGGUAUCACGUUUCGGAUCAACGGUCACGUCGCAUCUCAAGAUUCCGGCGGACUACAAGGCGGGAGUAACGUUGGCGAUGCAUGCCAACAAUCCAGCUCUGCCGUUGUUGCGCCAGUGUCCAGAACUGCCCUUGUUGACGGCGGAGUGCAAGUAACGUCAGUGCCUUUCGCGGGAACUUAGGUUGAUUCGUUCGUUGUCGGAGAGUUUUACGAAUCACCACCGAUCAUAAUUGUAUCUUCCAACGUUCGAACUAGAUUACUUUUACGAUUUUAAACGACGUAAAAGUAAUGCUCAAUGCACAUAUUUGUCAAUUACAAGGCAUGAGAAGGGUGCUUGAACAAUUGCGUCAUGUAUAUAUUGUACAGUUAACAAUAGACAUAUCUGUUUUAAUUAGGAAAGUUUUGAUAUGAAAGUAAAGCUAAUUGUAGGAUAUUACCACAAUAAUUUCAUAAUUCAUAAUAAAAAUCACUUAAAUAAUAACUAUCUGUCUAAUAAUAUUGAAUUGGGAUCAGAAUUCAUUGUUUUGAACAACAAUUUUAACGUUACUCUUAAAAAUUAAUGCAUAAACACUUUUGAAACAUGACAAAUCAAUAAAAUAUUAAUUUACUGUUCCAAUAAUCUAUUAAAUUAUAUUACAAAAAUUAUUUGAAUAUUGAAUCGAAUUGAAUAAUUUAAUGAGCUUUAAAUUGCACCAUUAUCGACAAAAAAUGCUUAGCGUUUUUAAAAUAAUACAAAACUAAACUGAGUUUUGCAUUAGUUUUUUAGAGAAUUUUUUAAUUAUAGCAGCAACAUUAUGUGAUCCAUCUAAUGCGAUAAAUUUGAGAAGUUUAAUUUUAAAAGGAUUAAUUUUCAAACGUUUAGCUAAAUUUUAUUGGGUUAAAUUAAUAACAUUGCAAUUUAUCUUGUUUAAAAUUAAACUGUAAUAAUGCAAAUUUGGUAGGCACUAAUUAGUAUAUAUUGCUAAUUGUAAGUUAAAGUUUUUUGUUAUUAAUCCUUUUGAUUGAACCCUUUCAAACCUUUAUAAGUGAUAUAGUGUGUGAUAACAAAAUUGUUUUAUUGCUACACGAGUUGUAUAAUUAGACUUGUUUUAUUUUGCUUAUUUGUUGCUGUAUUUUUUCGUGGAAUUAAAAAAACACAUAAAACUUGUGAUAAACUACAUAAAAGAACUUGUACAUUGUGCCAUUAGGUUUUAACUGAGCAUAUAAUAGCCAAAGAAAUCGUUUUUAAUUUUGUAAUUUUAAUUAUAUUUAUACCCCUGUUUGUAGUUGCAAUACACGUAUAUGAAGAAA